AUGCUUGUUAUAAACCAAUGUCUAACUUUUUUUCUUCUAGGACGUGCCGGAAAAUCUGGAAUGGCCAUUACGUUCUUGACACCUAGUGAUGCUCCUCUAUUCUCUAAGCAUAUGCUUAUAGAACCCUCAUGUUCAACUUGCCCGCCCAACCACAAUAAUCGCCUGAGGCUUAACAGAGUCCAGCAUGGGUUCCCCGAAAUCCAGAGGGGUGUUUCCUCAUUGGGAGUACUCUCUUUCUUUGUUCAGAUUUUGAUGUGUAGAACCAUUUUCCAAAUAGUUUCGACAGUCGGAGGAUUUGGGCCAGAGUAG